GUUUUUUUUUCAGCGAUGAUAAAGUUGCACUCUAAACUAUUGAGCGAUGAGUAUUAUUGAUCAACGCAAAAUAAUGGCCUGUGAAAAUCAUAAACAUUUGGCCAUGAUAAUAAAAAAUACUCAUACUAGCUUGCGAGAUGAUUCUCAAAAAUUAGGUCCAGAAGAAGCUUGGUCUCGCCACAUUGCACAAACUCAAAAAUUACAGGAGUAUGCUACAUCAAUGCAAAAGUUAGCCACAACUUAUUGGGAUCUUAAUAAUAAAAUUUCAAAUGGUAAUGUGCGUUGUCGAAUUGAAUGGAUUAAACAUCAGUGUUUCGAAUAUUUUUUAAAAGAAGGUAAAAGAAAAUUUCAUCAGAGAGAAAUUGAAAUAAUUUCAAAGUUAUCAUCGUUUAAGCCAGUCGAAAAAUUAGAGACAUCUUUACCCUGGAAAGAAGAUAAUUUUAGCAAAAUUAACUUAUUAGAUAUUGGGAGUUGUUAUAAUCCUUUUGCUAAUGAUAUUAAUUUCAACGUUACUGCUAUUGAUUUAGUACCAUAUGACGACAAAGUAUUACAAUGUGAUUUUUUAAAUGUUAAACUUGGAGUUAAAACAGUUAUUUCAGAAGAUAAAACGAGAAUAGUGGAAUUAGGAAAAAAUUCAUUUGAUGUUUGUGUUUUUUCUCUACUUUUAGAAUAUUUUCCAUGCCCAAAGCAAAGAUUUUUAUGCUGUGAAAAAGCCUAUGAAUUACUGAAAAAUUCUGGUCUUCUUAUAAUAAUUACUCCUGACUCAAAGCAUGUCAAUGCUAAUGCAAAAAUAAUGAAAUCAUGGAGAUAUGUCUUAGCUAAUUUAGGUUUUAUGAGAAUAACAUAUGAAAAAUUGAAACAUUUGCAUUGCAUAACUUUUAGAAAAUGUAUUAACAAGGAUACAGCUGUCAGAUGGAUAACAUUACAGAAUAUUCCGAAAAAUGACAUUUUAUUUUCCUCUUAUUCUAAUAUUUAUAUUCCACAAGACUUUCACUCUUUAGAAUCAAAUGAGUCGGAAUCAGAAGAAAAUAAAUUUGAACAACAUGAUCUCGUUAAUUAUUUUGAUACAUUACCAUUUGCAACUGAUAUACUAUAA